AUGAAUAAUUUUGUUCACAGGGGUUUCUCAGUGGUAGCACCAGAAGUUGCAGUACCAGGAAAAACAACAGCUGUCCUUGUCACUCUUCAUGGCAGAGCUGAGGAUGGCACACUGGACCCCCUGAACGUAACCGUCAGACUGGAGACUCAAGAUGAGGAUAAUGAUGUGAAACUUUUAACCACCGCCAGUCAGAUGAUAACAGGCUAUGGAAUCAUUCCGCUCAAAAUACCGUCAUCACCGGCAUCUCACUGCACUCUUCAUACAACUGUCGGCUGUGUUGGUAACGACGAGUGUACAGCCAAGAGUCACAGCGUCAUCAGAUUACUUGGACCAGUUCGAGAUGUAAUCGUUCGACCUGCCAGACACCAUUAUCGACCUGGAGAGACAAUAACAUUCUGGAUUCUCGCAUUGGAUCAUGAUCUUCGCUUAGUUCGAGAUGAAAUAGCAUACGUGGCGCUCAGCGAUCCAGCGGGAACGAAAGUGGCGAUAUGGGAUCAACUGACUAUGGACGAAGGUGUCCGCAAACUCAGUGCAAUCCUGGCAGCCGGUGCACGCUCAGGUACCUGGCGUAUCGAGGCCCACUGCGGUGGAGGGUCAGCUCGGGUGGACCUCAACGUUGGGACUGGACUUGGGAGUGCCAGUUCAGCGACCCCGGCCGCUGAACAACAUUACGUGGAGUUGAAGUUUGCUGAUAGUAUGCGCAGGAGAUACAAACCUGGAUUACCAUUUGUUGGCAGAGUGGAAGCAGUGAGCACGGAAAAGAAAGUUCGAGUUCGGGUGAAACUUUACGAUGACAAAACGGACAUCUACAGUCAAGAUAUAGACAUGUCCACUGGCGAAGGAGGCUUCAUUGUACCCACUGUGAUGGCAGAUGCUCCAUUUGUUAAUUUACAAGCGGAACUGGUGGCCGUCGAAGGAAAAGAAAUAGAGACCCACUACGUAUUGGCUCGUGAGCGUAUCCGACGCUGGAACUCAACUUCCAAGUGCUAUCUACUCGUCGAGAACUUACCAACUCCGCUACAGGCUGGUGGUAUUGCGAGUGCAAGUGUGUGGUCAUCCUGCGGCUGUCGUCAAAGGUUACUGGCAGCUGUUACAAGUGGCGGUCGCGCUGUUCACUGGGCCGCUGUUCCUGCACCUAAUCCCGCUGUUAAUACAGACCUAUGCCGUUUCAAUUACACGUUCCCCGUGACAGCUGACAUGGCGCCGGUCAGUUCCCUGCUCGUCUACUACGUCACAGAGGCUGGUGAACCUGUGAGUGACGUUGCCAGCUUCCACGUCAGACUCCUGCAUAAGGAGGUAGCAGUAGCGGUAGAAGAACGACGUUGGUGGUAUCCCAGAGCAGCGCUGCAGUUGCGGGUACUAGCUCCGACGGACUCUCUGAUGUGCUUGAUUGGCGCCCGCGCACCGCCUGAUUCACGGUUCGAUGUUCAUCAAAGUUCAAUUGAUCACGAGGAACAGCCAGGACCAGAGUUCGUAUCAGCGGGUGUGUCUCUAUUCGUGGGUGGCGGAGCGUGUGGUGGUGGGGUUCUCUACCGUCAGAAGAGCGCACCAGCUCCAAGAGCCCCAGCUCAUCUUGUACCACCGGCGACGCAUGACAGACUGUGGAUGUGGAAAUGCUUUAACUAUACGACUCAAUUGUCAACUGAUGGAGUAACAAUAGCAGCGCCAUCAGAAGCUGGUCGGUGGUCUCUUUGGGCGUUGUCACUCUCAAACCGUGGUCUCCGAUUCUCUGCUCCAAGAACCAUCAACGUCUUCCGACCGAUCCAGCUUGACUUCUCUCUGCCACCAGCACUGAAGGUCGGAGAAACUGUAGAAGUUGACGUCAAGAUCACCAAUAAUAUCAAUAAUUGUAUGGAUGUUACAGCUCUGUUAGCUUUAAGCGCUGGUGCAGCAUUCGCGAGUACAGGAGCGCUCUACGUUACGGAGAGAUUAAGACUCGGACCUCGCGGAGGCACACAACUUGUUGUACGGGUCGCUGUCAAUACACCGGGCAGGAAGAAUAUUACAGUGGAAGUGACAGGAUACAGCGCUGACAACUGCUCCGUGUCUUACACCUCCUUCAACAACGAGACUCUAGUUGGGUCGGUCAUUAGAUCAGCCAGCGUAUUAGUACUUCCAGAGGGCUUGCAUAGAAGUGACACGCAAAGCGCAUACUUCUGUGCUAAUGAACACUUAGCCGUCUCAUCCCGUGGUUCAUGGGAAUGGCAAUGGGUUGCUGCUCCUCGUAACCGUGCGGGCUUGGUGUUAGAAUUAAGAGCUCAGGGCGCCGCUCAUGUUGCCUUAUCAUCAAUACGAGAACCUUCAGAUGACAUGUAUAGAGUUGUGUUUGAAAAAACACGUGUUUGGAUUGCUAAAGGAAAGCAUGGUUACGACGUCCACCUAGCAAGUGCUGAACAAACGGAAAGUGACGAGGAAUGCGCCGGUGCGGAUGCCUGGUGCGCUUGGUGGGUCUGGUGGGAGGGAGGAAGGCUAUCAGUGGGGAAAGGUGCCGCUCCAUCCGAGAGAAGACUUCUGGUUUGGCCAUUGACCUCUGAUAUGAGAAUCAAAUAUGUGGGCUUUAGUGCUUUGUGGGGAGAUAAAGCCGAUUUUAGAAUAUGGAACUUCAAUGAAGAAGCUGGUUUCUCCCAAGUGUUAGAGCUGGGUCUUCCUCACGGUGUUGUUCCUGGUUCAGCCAGUGGAACUUUACUCGUUUCUGGAGGUUUACACUUACCGCUGUACAGUUUCCAAUCAGAUAUUACUGAUCAGUGGGCUGAUGUUUGGAAAGACUCACAAUUAUCCGCUGCAUCAGCAAAUUUGGCCCCGUUGUUAGCGCUUGAUCAUAUCCCGCAUUUAGUGGAUGAAGCCGAGAGAGAGAGGAUCUUAAAGAAACUACCAGAACAGGUUCAAAUUCUUCUCUCCUUCCGGAAAAGCGAUAAUUCCUUUAGCGAUCAUCCAGCCAUAAGCAGCCACUUAUCUACUAUUAAAAUCUUAGAAAUCCUUAACAAAAUACAAUAUUAUUAUCCAAUCGACCCAAAUCUACUACAAUCUAUUAAAAAUUGGAUACAAAAGAGACAAAAUCCUGAUGGAUCUUUUACACCCUUAGCAGCUGACAAGGAAGUUGAUUACUAUCCAGUUGAAAUAAAGAAUGUUAAUAAUACUGAUAAAGAAGUCGAUGUAAAUGAAUAUUAUUACUACGAUAGAGAUGGUAAUAUGACACAAGAUGAAAUAGAAUGGGAACGGACAGUUGAGGUCACUGCUGAGACUUUAGUAGCUUUGCUGGAAGUUGGUGUGGAGAAUCAAUUGGAUGCGGAUAUAGCAAAGAAAGCUCAGAAAUAUUUAGAAACCAAUAUAUACAAUUUAACAUCUCCCGCCGCGUUAGCAGCAACAGUAUUGGCUUUAGUUUUAGCUCGAAGUCCGAUUGUUCCUGAAGCUCUUGUCAUACUACGAAAUGCGUCAACUACUGAAGAAGGUGAAUUCGGUUGGCCAGCUCCGAGAAAAGAUGCCGCUGAUUGGCUAUUGGAGGAAACUUCCAGAAAUAUUAAAACAACCUCUUAUGAAGCAGUAACAAUGGAACAGUACGUGGCUGGAGUGAGAGUGUUACUGGCCGCUUGUGCUCGAGGCGCGCUCGCUGAAGGGGAAGCCGCUGCGAGGUUCCUGUACUACAGAGCGUCUACACUUCAACGACACCCGAGCCUCGCUUACAGCGCUACUAAAGCUGCAGCACAAUAUGCCGCGUUAGCUCAUGAUAGACAUCGAGCACUCACAGUAUCACUCGCAACAGCCGGUAUGGAAUUAACUGACACAUUAGAAUUACGGGCCAAAACUCCCCCAAGACCUCUACAACUUCCUGGAUUGCCUACAAAAGUCUUUGUUUAUGCUACCGGAGCCGGAUGUGCUACAGUACAGGGAACCAUAUCAUAUUCAACGUAUACGCCAAAACCAGAGAAUGCCCUGCUAAAUAUUCAGUCUGCUAUUAUUGAAGAAAUACGUCCUGAGAGAAGUAGCAUUGAAGACUUACAAGGAAACUUGCCGACGUUGAUCAUCAAAACUUGCUUUAAGUGGAAAGGUAAAGAACGUUCGGGCAUACUUCGUCUUGAAACUUCACUUUUCUCUGGCUAUGAGUUGCACUCGGUCAAUCCAGUAGUGCUAGACGGCGCUACAUUUGCUGACCUGCAUUAUGGUUCAAGAGGCGAAUCUGUAUGGUUCGUUUUCACUAACAUUAGUUCAACGUGUCCGGUUUGCGCAACCUAUGAAGCAAGAUCUAAAUUUGUUAUUACUAGCUUACGUCCAGCAUUUGCUAAAAUAUAUCCUUCUAGUAGACCAGACUUAGCUGUCGAAACCUUCUUCCACGCAAGACCUGGCAGUCCAUUACUUCGAGGAAUUACCGACGAUGACUUUAUAACUUGGUUUGAUAAAACUCAAAUCGCAAGCCUCAAAACUAGCGCAAAUAUUGAUAACAUAUGUGAAUGUGGGCGAAUUUGUAGCAGAGAUUAUGAAUUCAGGAAAGAUUAUGAAAAGAUGCAUGAACCGAAAACCACUAAAGCAACUAGUACUACAACUGAUAUAUCUGCGUCAACAGAAUCUAUAAAUAUUUCUGAUGAUAUUUCAACAUCAACAGAGCAAACAUCAUCUGCUCCGCUGAAUUCAUUCUAUGAAAAUAACACAUCCGUAACAACAACCGCAAUGCUGAAUAAUGAAUUAUCAACAACAACAAGUUCAGAUGAGCCAAUAAUUAUUCCAACAGUUACAUAUGUUAAUGACUCGAAAAGUGAGAAUAUUGAUAAUAAUAUUCAACCUAAUGUUCCAAAAAUAAACGGCGAAUUAAUAAUUCAAAAAAUACCAGUGUCUAAAAUCUACGUGAAGAAGCCUGAACAUAAAAAGCCAUUGCCAAGGCGAAAAGGUACAUUAAAAGCCACUUAUGGUGAUAAACAUGACAAAUUUUUCAUCAAAUCGAAACCAAUUGAAUCUACUUCAAUAGAAAAUGUGGCAAAUAAUUCCGUACAAAAUAAUGGAGUAAGCACAACCAAACCUUUGAAUGUUAAAAAUAAUGAAAUUACGACACAUGAACCAGUUAUUUUACGACAAGAAAAGAAAAAAAUAAAGUCCGCUAGUAACUCUAGUCUUGAUUUACCAGAAGAUGAACAAAACAAAAUAAUACAAACAACAAGGUCUACUGACACAAAAAACAAUCCCGAAACUACAUCUAUACCUCAUACAAUAGCAGCGAUAACCAAGAGCAAUAUUAAGACAAUGCAUUUUAGAACAAAGAAACCUAAGCCUAAAAAUCAAAUCAAAAAGCCAGUCACGCAUUCAGAUCAAUCAGAGGAAAAACGUGUCGAUGAUAACAAAACAAUUAAACCGGAUAUAGUUGUGAACAAAACAAAAAUAAAGGUUAUAACUGAUAAGUAUGAACCAAAACCAUUGAAAUCAAUAAACAAAGAAAUUCAUAAAAUACCAUCAUCACCUGUUUCCGAAACAUCCAAGUCAUUUAACAAUCCUGUAAAGGUAGACAUUGCCCCUGAAAACAGAGGUGGUUUUGAGAUAUUGGAUAAAAAUAAUCUUUGGGAAUUACUAAAAGAAGGCACUGAUCAUAACAGCUCGAAAAUAGAUGAUAAAAUUCAAUUUCAUAAUAGAUUAAGUGAUGUGUCAAAUUUAACACAAAAUAAUAAUAGUCGUUCUUUAUAAGCUUCGUUGUUAUGUAAUAUAUAAGGCACAAAGACUUCAGCAUAUUUUUGUAAUAUUCACUCCCAUAUUGAAAUUGGUAAAACCUAAAAUAAAAUUCAGAUUAAAAUCCUAA